AUGGCAGAGCGUCUGCAAACAUAUGACAGCAACUCCAGCGAUACCGACAACUGGGAUCGAACAGAAACAAGCCGACCUCGUAAGCUCUGUAAACAUCUGAGCAGUCAGGCUCGAGCAUCCAGAGUGGAGGCUGAACAGAGGAAGAUGAGCUUGCAUGGUGCAAGUGGGGGCAGUGAUCGCUCAAGAGACCGCCGCCGCUCCAGUGACCGCUCUCGGGAUUCUUCACACGAGAGAGAACUCACUCCAUGCAUUCGUAACGUCGCCUCUCCUACACGCCAACACAACACUGAUCGAGAUAGUGGACCUUCAUCUCGGCCAAGUAGUCCUCGACCCCAGCGAAUAUCUCCCAGUGGCUCCAGCAGCAGUGGCAUUAUGAGCAGUCGCAACAGCAGUUUGUCCAGCACUGACGGCACUUUCAAAAGUUUAGGGGUCGGAGAAAUGGUAUUCGUCUAUGAGAACCCCAAAGAGGGAGGGACGAGCACCGUUGUUGGAAACCGAAACCUGCGCUCGUCUGAAAGAGUCACUCUGAUUGUAGACAACACGCGCUUUGUUGUUGACCCCUCCAUUUUCACGGCACAACCCAAUACAAUGUUGGGCAGGAUGUUUGGAUCCGGACGGGAGCAUAAUUUCACAAGGCCAAAUGACAAAGGGGAGUAUGAGGUCGCAGAAGGCAUCAGUUCCACAGUUUUCCGAGCCAUUCUGGAUUAUUACAAAUCUGGACUAAUUCGCUGCCCCGAUGGCAUUUCCAUCCCUGAGUUGAGAGAAGCAUGUGACUAUCUAUGCAUCUCCUUUGACUACAGCACCAUCAAAUGCAGAGACCUCAGUGCCCUGAUGCAUGAGCUUUCAAAUGACGGAGCUCGAAGACAAUUUGAGUUUUAUCUUGAAGAAAUGGUUCUUCCUCUAAUGGUUGCCAGUGCCCAAAACGGCGAAAGAGAAUGUCAUAUUGUGGUCUUAACUGAUGACGAUGUGGUGGACUGGGAUGAAGAGUAUCCUCCACAAAUGGGUGAAGAGUAUUCACAAAUAAUUUACAGCACAAAACUGUACAGGUUUUUCAAGUACAUAGAGAAUCGCGAUGUUGCCAAAUCAGUCUUAAAAGAAAGAGGAUUAAAGAAAAUACGACUUGGAAUUGAAGGAUACCCUACUUAUAAAGAAAAGGUGAAAAAGCGUCCAGGUGGACGCCCGGAGGUCAUCUACAACUAUGUGCAAAGGCCUUUUAUCCGCAUGUCAUGGGAAAAGGAGGAGGGGAAAAGUCGUCAUGUGGACUUCCAGUGUGUUAAGUCCAAGUCUAUCACAAAUCUGGCAGCUGCUGCAGCAGAUAUCCCUCAAGACCAGCUUGUGAUGCACCCUGGCCCACAAGUCGAUGAACUUGACAUUCUCCCAAACCACCCGCCCAGUGGGAACCACUACAGCAACAACUACAGCAACGAGCCUGACCCUGAUGCACCGUCACCUGCGGUCUGA